AUGUCACUCUCAAGCAACCUUGACUCUCAUCACUCUCGGUUGCAUCGCGUUGUUCUUCUCACAACCAUUCUCAUCCUCUCUUUCCUCUUCUUCUUUGGUUCUUCACACUCUCACGCCGCUGUUUCCUCAUGCGCUGAAAAUCGAGCAGCUCUUGUCGUAACCACAGCAGCAACAGCAGCUGUCACUUUGGAUACUUCCUCUUCAUUGGAAAAUCUCAAUGAUGCUGUCGAAAAAGAAGAUUCAUCAUCAACUCUCUUCUUUAGAAGAUUCCCUGCAAGAUCGAAUGGAGGUGGUCAUCGUGGUGGUGGUGGUGGUGGCGGCGGUCGUUCUGUUGGUGGUCGUUCUCGUGGUAGUGGUGGUGGUCGUUCUCGUAGUGGUGGAAGAGGAGGACGUCGUGGUGGUGGUGGUGGUGGUGGAAGAGGAGGUCAGUAUUGGGGAAAUCGUUAUUGGUCGAAUUUCCCAAUGAAACUCACACGUCAAGCGAAAGUUUAUUGUCAAAGAACAGUUCGAAAAUACGAUGGAGCUGUUGGACCAAGAACUGGAGAAACUGGAUAUUCGAGAGCACCUUUUAAUGGAUUGAAAUGUGUGGCUUGUGAAGUGGAUUGCUUGAAUGCCCAGUUGGAUGCGACCAGAAAAUUGUUUGACAAGUGUGAAACUCAAUAUCAUUAUUAUGGAUGUCAAUUGUCAAAGCCAUGUUUUAGUGUGAAGACUGCUUCAAAAGCUCAUGUGGAGGCAAUGAUUGCUGUUUGUAUUCAUAGAAAUGGAUGUGUGUUGAAAGAGGAGCUUAAGGGAAAGAGAUUGAGUGAACUUGCGAAAACUAUUAAGGAAAGUGUUGAGUAA